AUGCCUGAGUUCAUAUCGGUGGAUGAGUUUAUCGCGGAGACUUUGGAGGACUACAGCUCCCCACCAAUUUCUUCCUUCUACACUAAAAUGACAAGUUGCCGAAAUUCCGCCAACAAUAUCCCGAGGAGCCUUGACUCUGACCGUAUAAUCUUUUGGUAGAAAUGAAGAAAGUGUGCCAAAGCAAAGCACAUCUCUGGCUAAGGUAACAUAUCACAUUUGGAGGCAUACAUCAAUCUCCAUGGAGAAGGUCAGAAUUUCCGCAACAAUGGAGAACAGGAAGGCUCCUCAUACAAUAAGUUUGCAGACCUUCCAAAAGAACUGCUGACGCCAAUGAAGAAUCAGUUGAAGAGCAUGUUGCACAACGCCAACUUCUUCCUGGACUCGCGUAAAGGGGAUCUGAAAGAGGUCAAAGGUGUGUUGAAAUUCAUAGCACAAGCGAUGCACUUGAACACUAAAAUGAAAGAGAAGAGGGAACUGGCGAAGCAGCAUGGUAUGGUGCGUGCACAGGGUGAGCUGAGAGAGAUUGCAGAAGAGAUGGAGAAAGAGCGCAGGAUGUUCCAGCCACAGAUGUGUGAAUACCUCAUCAAAGUAAAUGAAAUUAAAACCAAGAAAGGAGUAGACCUGCUACAGAACCUCAUCAAACACUACUACCUCAAUGCAAUUUCUUUUCAGGAAUGUCUGGUUGCAACGGAAAAACUCAAGCAGUACAUUGAUGCCACGGGACAGCUGAGUGCUAUCAAACAUAAGCAGGAAGAUGAGAAGAGACAGCUCUGUUCUCUCAGAGAUCAUUCAGACCGACUCUGGCAGCCUGAAUUCAAGGAGGUAAAGAAUGACACUGAUUCUCUGAGCAGACAGACUGUGUACAGCAUGCAUCAGCUUCAAGGCAAUAAGCAAUAUGGCACAGAGAAAUCAGGCUACCUCUACAAGAGGAGUGAUGGCAUGUGGCAGAAGAGGAAAUGUACCUUGAGGAUGAAGUGCUAUGUGUUUGUUGCAGCCAAUAAAUCACCAGCUAAACUCAACCUCCUCACCUGCCAAGUCAAACUAAGUCUGGAAGACAAGAAACAUGACCCCAUCUCACGUGAGUUAAUCCAUUCAUUCCUGGCUGAUGAUGAAUCUGAUUGUGUGGCGAAGUGGAUAUCUGUGCUUACAAACAGUAAGCAGGAAGCUCUAAAUGUGGCUCUGGAUGAGAGGAAGCCGAGUGGGGAAAACAGCGCGAGGAUCUGACAAUGAGCUAUUACUGAGAUAUUCCGCCGCUUGCCUGGAAACAACGUUUGCUGUGACUGUGGGUUCCAGAUCCGCUCUUGGAUCUCUAUAAACCUGGGAAUCUCAAUACUUAUACUUGAGUGCUUGUGGAUACAUCGGGAAAUGGUGACAUUAUUCACGAUUCAAUACUGACAACCGGGCACUUCAGAAUUGCUGCUGGCAAGAAACGUGGGGAAUCUGGGCUUAAUGAAAUUUGAGGCCAAUCUUCCCAGUCCCUCUGUGAAGCCAGCAGACACCCUGUCGCGCUCACCCGAAACGGCGCGCAAAUACCUGCAGGACGCUGUGCACAGUCGGGAUGUCUUCACUCUACAGCUUUACGCUGAGAGAAUGGACUUCAGCCUGCCACCGCCAUGUCCCCUACAGGUCAGCAGAUAUAAGCCUCCUGGGCUUAGAAAAGACAGUCCAAUCAGGCUAGCAUCGCUCAACCUGUGUCUUCUGCAGAACUUAAAAAAGAGAUAUCUCAAGAACGCUUGGGGGAAUACUGCUUUGCAUUACUGCUGUCAUAAUAACAAAACCGGGAGUGCCUUAAACUUGCUCAGAGCCAAGGCCAACACUCAUAUCAAGAAUGAUAAUGGAGAGACGGGGACAAUGGCUCGCAGAUUGGCUAAUACGCUGUGCGAGAGUCAGUGAAUCCACCAAUCACAGAACAACUAAUUCAACAUGCACGUGCACGCGGAGUAUGGAGUGGAGACUCGCGGUGACGAUUCUUAUGUAGAGCUUAAUGGUGACUUAGAUGACAAGGUGUACAACAUAAAUAAAAGGAGCAUUAGGACGGCCUUCAGCUUGUAUCACAGUAGCUCUGCCUCCUCACUGUGUGGAGGAGGAAGUGCCGGAGGGGGGUUGUUCUAACGUGGGCUUUGAGGCUGGCAAAUGGCCCGUGGAGAGAACUCGGAGGGAGGUGUGGACGCCAGCCCCUGCAACUCAGACACGAGCGCAUGGAGCAAGCCUCCGCCAUUCCCUUCAUCGCCCUGUGACCCACUGCCACCUCGAGCUCAGAGCCCAAACAUCCCCUCCUCCCCUCCCAUGAGCUCACCUGAUGGCUGGACGUCCCAUGAAGUGAGCAGCAGUAAGAAAUCUAACCCCUCCUCCCCUCUUAUCAUCCUGGGUCACAAGCGCACCUAUUCUGAGCCCGCCUCAGAUGCCCCCAGCCCCACGCUCACGGCAGGAUCAGCAGAUUAUGGAGUACCUGCUGGCCCGAGGAGCUCAUGUCCAGACUCACCUUUCCAGAAGUGUGUCUCAGGUUCUCCCAAAUACACGUUGUCCACUCUCAACUUCUUAUCUGAGCUACCAGAACGAGGUAAUUCCUUAACUCGGGCUUUCUGAGCAGAUGGGGAGUGCAGCCUGUCUCACUUUCUGUAUCAAACCCCACACCCAUCAGCAGCGGCGGCGGCAUGCCCCGGCCCUGUCCCCACCUCCCUGCGCUCCUUCAGCCUGGAGGCCAACGGCAGCUCCACGUCCUCCCUACACAGGCCUCACCCCUGCCCAGGAAAACUCUGGAUGAAGUCGAAGCUGAAGCGCGUCAAGGUUAUGUACUUUGGCAUGCGUAUGGAUCAUCACGAUGAGCUCACCUUCACCCGAGGUGAGGUUCCUGUGGUGCUCGGAGAGGAGGAUGCUGAUUGGUGGCACGGUUACAGAGGACAGCCAGACAGAACGGGCUUAUUUCCAGCAUCGUUUGUCUCCAUGCUCGCUGAAUGAAGCCGGCCAACGGAGCUGAAAUCAUAGCACGGUC